AUGAAGGCGUGUACAAUAAUGUUUCUCGGUUGUAUCUUCAGUUUGGUGACCAGUAGAGAUUAUUAUGUCGGAAUGUUUAAGAGAAAUGACUUAUUGGUGGCUCAGGACCGCUUAUAUAAAGAAGGAGUGCCGUUCAAAAAAAUAUACGCUAAGUACGGAAGAAUAUUCAAAUGCCCAAUAACAUACUUCAGAGUGGUGGAUCGUCUAGGCAUAGGGCGGGGACCGAAAAUUGAAAUCAUUCGUGGAGGCCUACGACACAAAUACCUUGUGCUUCGUUUACAGUCUCUUUACAGUUAUCCCAUAUCUGUCAACGUGUACGUCGGUUGUGAAAACAAAAUACCCCCGAAAACAACAACGCCUAAAGCGCUUACUGAACUGACUACGACACACGCAGGAUUAAAAGAUGGGGCCACCACAGUCUUAGUUGAGAACAGUAACGCUACUUCUACCUCAUCUGAUGCCAAUUCUACGUCUGCUUUGACAACGCUCAAAUAA